GCGACUUUCUUCUGCUUUUUCUUAGCAGUUCAAUUUUUUCCGAUUAAUCAUCAAAAGUAGCAGUGAAAUAAAAAUAGUGAAAAAUGGCAAAUAACUGCUACAAAAUGUGAAAAUACUCAUAUUACAACGAUGCUAAAGUGAGAUAAUAGCAAGUAAAAAUAUAGGUUGCUUGGGAAGCGAACGAUUAAAUUAUAAUUCAUGGUUCGUAUUUCUUCGCGAUUUCGAAGGUCAGAAACGUUGUAAUUCUACCUCCAGCAGAGGGUGAGUCUUCCCCCUGUCAUAGGCGGAAGUAGAGGAAAAGCAAACGGCAGUAGAAGGACGAACAUAAAACGAACUAAUCAUGGCCGAUAUGAUGCGAAUGAGUGGAAGCGGUGCCCUUGGGGGAGGGUUCCAGCGGGAUAAACUCGGUUCUCCGUCUACUGGUUCGGAAGACGGCGGAGGGAUCGAUCUCGGUGACAUCGCCCAAGAGCUGGACCAGGACGAAUUCGAUGGACCUGUGGCGUUCAAUGGCGAUAGACCAGCAAUCACUGCUCCUCCCGAAAGCGAAUGGUACCAUGGCCGUUUGGACAGAUUUUGUGCUGAACAGCGAUUGAAAUCCGCUUCAAGGCUGGGCAGUUAUCUGGUUCGCGAAAGUGACCGUAAACCUGGAUCAUACGUUCUGAGUUACUAUGGCAGGACUGGAAUCAACCAUUUCCGGAUUACGGCAGUCUGUGGUGAUUUUUACAUCGGAGGAAGACAAUUCUUCUCGUUAAGCGAUUUGGUUGGCUACUACACAUCGUGCAGCGACUUGCUAAAGAGAGAGCGGCUUAUUUGCCCGGUGGCACCACCAGAGCCAGUUAAUGAUAAGAAACGGGUGGUGGCCAUUCUACCAUAUACCAAAAUGCCGGAUACGGAUGAGCUCACUUUUCAGAAGGGUGACAUUUUUUUCGUACACAACGACAUGGGCGAUAAUUGGCUGUGGGUUACGGCGCAUCGUACUGGAGAACAAGGCAUGAUUUUUCGGGAAUUAGUUGAAGAUCUCGAUCCAAGCAUCGAUCCGAAUACCGUCUUCUCUUGGUUCCAUCCGACUUGUUCCAAAAACGAAGCCGUAGAUAUGCUUGUUAAAGCUGGACCGGGAAGUUUCUUGGUGCGACCGAGUGACAACUCACCUGGAGACUACUCUCUUUUCUUCCACAUCAAUAAUCAAAUACAACGUUUCCGUAUCGAGAAGAAAGGCGUUCGUUAUCUGAUGGGAGGACGGACCUUCGAAUGUUUGGAUGCAGUCAUAAAUCGCUAUCGGAAGGAGCAAAUCGUCGAAGGGCACACUCUGAUGCAUCCCGUUAUAAACGGUAGUCAACCAGAGUAUCACCCGCCAUCAAAUGUGGCAAGCGCGGCGGAAAAAAUCUACGCUACCCUCAGGGAAUGUCGCGAUCAGAACAUUUUAAAGAAAACCAAGGGUAUCAAGCAUCACGGCUAUCUGUUGAAGAAAUCGGACAAAACGGCCAAAUGGAAGCAGCUGUAUUUCGCGCUUUUGGUCGAGGGCUCAGAAACGCAUCUUUGCUUUUACGAUAAUCCGAAGAAAACGAAGCCGAAAGGUCUGAUUGAUCUUUCCUGUGCUUAUCUUUACCAGUGCCAUGAAUCGUUUUGGGAGCGACAGCAUUGCUUCCAGAUCGUUGAACGCGCCCUACCGUGCCUAGCAACGAUCACCUAUCUCUGUGCCAACAGUCAGGAGAGCUAUGUCGAAUGGGUCAAUGCGUUGAAGUCCCAUUGCGUGUCUCAGCUCAGCAAAGCCCAAUCGAAGGUGCCACGUUUGCGCGAGUUGCGCUGUCUGAAUUUGCAAAUUCUGGAAGCUCACCGUUUGCCAUUCAAGCUGGUUCCGCAUCCGUACUGUGUUGUUUCGCUGAAUCAGGUUAAGGUGGGCAAAACUCGUGUCAAAACAGCACCGGAUCCGGUUUGGGAGGAAGAAUUUGUACUAGAUGAUGUUCCGCCAGACGUAGUCACGGUGACAAUAACCGUUCUCAGCAAAGGAAAACGCGGCAAAGACUCAGAAGUUGCGGAAUUGACCGUCGACCUGUGCGGUUUGAAAAAUGGCCAGGAGACGGAAGAGUGGUACCCCCUGGUUGGAAUGACGCCAAUGGGUGAAUGGGGUUCCAUUCGACUUCGUAUUCGGUACCUCGACGACUUAGUUAUGCCGUGCGACGAGUAUAGUCCUCUUCAGCAGCUCUUGGUAGAGCCAGAGCUGAAUGCGGUGCGUGCAUUAGCUGAAAUCUGCCAUAACGAUCGUAUUCCAUUGGCCACAUCUUUGCUGAAAGUUUUCCGCCACGAGAAACGUGAAACGGAAUUGUUGAGAAUAUUGUGUCAAGCAGAAGUGGCUCGGGAGAAUGAAACGACAACUCUGUUCCGAGGUGCUUCCCUUGCGACAACUCUGAUGGAUCUCUAUAUGCGGGCUGAAUGCACCGUUUUUCUUCAAUCUGCCGUGUCUGACACAAUCCAAAGAAUACUCGACAGUAAGCAGUCAGGGGAACUGAAUCCAACCAAGAUGGACGUAAACGACGACGCUUGCUCAAAUGCAGAAUUUCUGCUAAUGAUUUUAGACCAGGUGACCCAAUCCAUAUUCACCUCGCCAGAUGCGUGUCCUCGUACGGUUCGCUACAUUUGCAACUGCUUGCAGAAGGCUGUGGUGGCCAAAUGGCCGUCUCCCAAUGAGCGUUUGGUCCGCACCCGGGUCGUAUCCGGAUUUAUCUUCCUACGCUUACUGUGUCCCGCUUUGCUCAACCCACGUCAAUUUGGUCUAGUCAGUGAAACUCCUCAUCAGAUGGCAACUCGUACUCUCAUUAUGGUUGCCAAAUGUUUGCAGAAUUUAGCAAAUUUAGUCGAGUUUGGGGGAAAGGAACCUUACAUGGAGGUAGUCAAUCCGUUCAUAUUGAAAAAUAAGGAGAGGAUGAUAGUUUUUUUGGAUCAGCUAUCAUCCGUUACUGAUCCUAAUCCCCCUCCAGGGUGCAUGGUAGAGCAAAGCAAUUCUACACUAUCCAGUUCCGAUGCAGGUCGCGAGCUCGCCACGUUGCAUCACAUCUGCGUAUCGUACCUCGUGGAAUUGCAAUCGAUGAGUAAGACUAACAAUUCGCUCAAAAAGCUGGUCACCGUCACGGAGAUGCUUUCGAAGCAUAAACUCAAAUAUCGUGAAAUGAUUAGUUAAUUAGUUGGCGGCUGUAUUCAACCACAUGCCCACGUGGCAAAGUAUUUAAAUGACAAAUUGGGAGAAGAAGGUAAUCUAUAAAACUCAAAGUUAUAAAAAAAAAGUAAAACCGACACAGGAUUAACAUUUAACAAGCGUGUAUUACGUGCGUAAUAGUGAAACCCUUGCAGAUAAUCAAGAAAAACAAAUAUUUUAUGUUUCAAACAUUUUGGAACGGCAGUCAAUAGGAAUAUGAUAAAAGCGCAUCUGCUUGUAUUUGUUCUACGAGAGCAGGUGGAUGUAUGCAAUUUCUCAUCACAACUUUUUUAGCAUUUUGCUGUACUCAGGAGAGGUAAUUUUAGGCUACAAAAAUAUUUAAACAAAAACAUAGAAAGUAUGAACAAAAAACCGUUAUGUAUUCCACGAUGAUCCCAAAAUGACAUCGCACAAAAUUUGUCAGUUCGUUUAGCAGUUUAGGUGUCCGUUUUUAAAUUUUAUGCAAGGGUCAUUGAAUUCUGUCAACUGUUGAAAAAAAAACUCAUCCAGUUGAAGAACGUAGCGAUAUCGAUAUUGGUGAAUCAUGAUUUUAUGUCAAAUCGUGGAAAACCUAUUAUGCGAAUUGUUUACUUAGAAAAAAAAUCAUUUUCGGGAAAAAAAAUCUUUUUGAUACUUUUUCUCAUUUUUUUUCCUAUUUUUCACCUGAAUACCAACAAACUGAACUAAAUUGACGAUUUAUCCAAUGGAUUAAACGGUCACACACUACACAGUUACAGUAAAUUGUUUCGACAAAACUACGCAGUUGGUUACAGUUCUUAAAUUUGGCAAGAUACUAAUUAUUCUUCAGGAGAAUUCACGCUAGGAUACGAGUACCUUUAUGCACAAACUUUUGGUGUGGUACCAAUUUUUAUUUUCAAUUAUUUUAAAUGGGGAUAUGAUAUUUCCUUCAGUGUUAUGCAAUCUCAGUUUUUACAGAUAACGGAUAGCCACCUGAAAAACAAUGAAAUCCGCAAAAUGUUUUGUUUUCAAACGAUAUGUUCCUCAAAAUAGAAUUCCACAAUUUGUCGUAAAAUACGUAGAAUACCGAACUCUUGUAUACCCCUCUACGAUCCACUACGCUAUUGCAAACAGAGCAACUGCAGAAUUAAGCAACUAAUCAUCUUCUUACCUAAGCCACAUACAUUCAGAGUCAACAUAUUGAGACGCAUUACCACAUCUAAUUCAAUGUAUUUGUACCAGUAAUACAGGAGCAGAAUUCGUUAUAGAUUAGAGAUGGUAAAAACAACUUUUUGUAGAGAGUAGUGAGUCAUUCAAAUUACGAACAGCAACAACCAACCGAUCAACCAACGGUAAAAGAAGAAACGAAGUAGUUUUAAUCGAGGUAGUGAAAAGUCAAAAGGGAGAGAAAAGCAGCGCAUGUUUAUACCAAAAAAAAGACGAAAUAUUUAGUUUACGUUAGGAUUUUAUGGAAUGAUUUAUUUCGACUCGUUCUCUCCUCAUACACCUUACUCAAACGUUUUUCUUAUAUAAAAUCCAUAAUACGAAGGAUCGCCAAUCGCAAAGGGAACAGGCGAUAAGUUAAAACGUUUCAAAACCUACGCCAUUUUAGUUUAUAUGUUGUAAUUUUUAUAUGCUUUUAUGACCUUUUUAUAUUCUAUGUCAUCCAGAUCAAUUAGGCCAAGCUUUAGCCCAGACAAUUUUCAAUGCAUUUUUAUAAUCGUAUAUUUAACAGUGAAUAUAAUAAACUAUUAUCAAUCAAACUGA